AUGGCCAUAGUUGGCUCCGGCCCGGCCGGCUUCUACACGGCAUACCGGGUCAUGAGCAAGGUCCCGAGUACUAAGGUUGAUAUGUUCGAGGCCCUGCCUGUGCCGUAUGGUCUAGUGAGAUUUGGCGUUGCACCGGAUCAUCCCGAAGUCAAGAAAUGCCAAAAAAAAUUUGAAGAAGUUGGAAUGUAUCUCAACUUCACCUUCAUUGGAAAUGUCUCUAUCGGCAACGCUGGCGGUCAUUUUGGUGGCUGCACGAUCCCGCUGGCUUCUAUGAUGAACCAUUACGAUGCUAUUGUAUUCGCCUAUGGUGCAUCUGAAGAUAAGCAGCUUGGGAUCCCUGGCGAAUCUGAGCUGCAGGGUAUCUACGCGGCCCGCGAGUUUGUUGGCUGGUAUAAUGGUUUGCCGGAAUACGCAGAUUUAGCACCAGAUCUCACCCAAGGAGAGGAGGCUGUUAUCAUUGGCCAAGGCAAUGUCGCGCUUGACGUUGCUAGAAUGCUCUUGGAGGAUGUAGACGUAUUACGAAAGACAGAUAUAACCGAGGCUGCCCUCGAGACUCUGCUAAAGAGCCGCAUUAAACGGGUUCACGUCGUGGGAAGAAGAGGACCAAUGCAGGUCGCCUUCACCAUUAAGGAAGUACGAGAGUUGAUGAAACUUCGAGGGGUUGCUUUUCACGACGUCGAUAUGUCGCUUAUCCCGAAUCAGAUUUCGAAGCUACCCCGAGCUCCGAAGAGGCUUAUGGAAAUGAUGGUGAAAGGUUCGGUAACUCAAUUGGAUGAGGCUGCUAAGUCGUGGUCUCUGGACUUUUGCUUAUCUCCAACCGAAUUCCUUGGUCGACCUGAUGGAAAGAUAAGAAGCACAGUGUUUGAACGAACCUCGCUAGCCUCACGCUACGACCCGUCCUCAAGUGUCGUUGGGACUGGUAAGAAAGUGACAAUUCCCUCUUCUAUAGCAUUUCGUUCUAUUGGUUAUAAAUCUGUUGCUCUUCCUGGUUUUGACGAAGCAGGUAUCUCGUUUGACGAAAGGAAGGGCGUUAUAAACAAUGACGGAACGGGACGAGUAUUAGGAGUAAGAGACAACGAAAAUACUGAGCGUCUAAGACGUCUACCUGGACUUUACUGCGCUGGCUGGGUGAAGAGAGGCCCAACAGGCGUUAUUGCGUCGACUAUGGAGGACGCGUUUUCUACUGCGAAUGCAAUUAUCUCUGACUGGUAUACCGGUGCCCCAUUCCUUCAAGGAGAAAGCAGCUCUGGUUGGGAAGCCUUACGGGCAGGGGUAGAGCACGGCAAAUGCAGGGUUAUCCAGUGGGACGACUGGCAAAAGAUAGACAGGGCGGAAAGAGAGCGGGGUUUACCACUAGGAAAACAACGGGAGAAGUUCACGAGCAUAACGGAGAUGAUAGCUGCUGCUGAAAAUUAG